ACAUCUUUGGGUUUUGGGUUGUUAAUCUAACAGAACAUCUAUGGAGAUCAUUCAUCAAAAAAUGUUGCAGGGUUUGUUUUUUUUGGACCGAACAGUCGUAAACAUCACUUCAUAGUUGAACUGUUCUGACCUGCUAAAUGACGACAGAUGCAAAUUAUUUUGUGGCUACAAUUUGGUACAUUAGAUUCAAGACCAGCCCUUUUAAUGAAUAAAAUAAUGAUAGGUGUUGUAUAUUGUGCAGAUAUUUUAUGUCUAUUGUCUAUAUCUAUUGUAAUUUGGUUUUAGGAUUGAUUUUAAGUGACUUAGUAAUAAUUUGUCAAAAAGAAAAAAACCUAACAAAAUAAUAGACAUUGUUUGUGUUAUUAACAUGAAUUAUUUAGCAAUUUUAGAUUAUUACAGGGCCAUUUCUUUCAGACUGCCACCUGCUUGUAUAUGACAUUCAAAUAACUUUUACUUUAUGUAAAAUUGUAAUAUUUAUUGGCAUUUACACGCACGUUGGUGGAUUAGAAAAUUAUAAAAUUGAUGCAAAAGCUUUAAUGCAAACUAUAAAAGUAAAAAUUGUUCUUUAAGACAUGAUGCCCCUUGCACAGCAACGUGCAGGCCUGGGCACUGCAGUGCAUGAGGAGCAGGACCGCUGCUGGCCGGAGAGCGGCGCUGCGCUUCCACCAGACGCUACCCAGCCUGUUGACCGGAGCAUCUGCAGAAACCCCACUGACUGAGCGGCAACAUUCAUGAUCAGAGGCCGCUGCUGCUGCGUGACCAUUCAGAUGCAAUGUGACACCCAGGCUGGGGGUGGAGGGUCAUUAUUAAAGCCUGUUUGUAUGCUAAAUGUGCUGCAGCGAGACUGUAGCACUCAUCAAAUUCAAAUAGGCCUGUUUGGUGUACUUCUUUAUCUUUAAAAGCCCCCCCCCCCUCCAUCAUCCGGGAAAUCUCCUGUAAACAGAUGCUGUUCCCAGUGAAACGCUCAGUCAUAAAUCUCCACUGACAAAAAUGCUCCAAAUAUGGACAGUCCUGGUGGUGAGGCUGAGAUCACAGCGUUAACUGCGCGAGGAUCCCGUGUGCGGUUUGGGUGACGAUGCUGUUUGCCUGCAAACGACAAAUCAAUGAAUAAAGACCUUAAAUACAAUGUUUGUUUUCCCCAGUCCUCAGUGUGGUCCAGGCCCAGUCCACGGUGAGCCGCUCCGUGUUUUACGAGCCUCUCCCCGCCGCAGUGGGAGGAAGUCGGACCACAGAGCAGAGCCACUGUGCUAACAGAAAAAACACCGGAAAAACAACCCGAGCCUGGGUUCACUGAAACAUGUGCCACACCGGGGCAGGGAAACCAGCAGCGUGAUCGGCUGGAGCGGACGGAGACGCUCGGCACUCACGACCGACAGGGACGCAGCGGACGGACAGCUACUUAAGCGAGCGUGGGCUGCCCCAGCACGGAGAGCCUGGUAGACGAGGACCCGCUUGACUCGUGUCGUUACCGGGGAUCCGCGCCUCUGUGUUGCCAACCCGGGGCCUGGAGUGUCGCCUGAUCAUCGACGAGUUUACGGCGCCGGGGGAAGUUCUCAGUUAACGGGCGGUGCAGCCACUGCUGUUCCAGCGGAUCUCCAUCUCCCAGCAGCGCUCCCUCCCCCUCCUCCUCCCCUUCCUCCACCGCCAGCCAUCAGCGUCACUAUCGGCGCACAGUCAGUAGCUCUGUGCUGGGUCUCCAGGCGAGGAGGGUCCCCCCCAAUGCUCGGGGUAACACACCAAGCCGCCAUGGAUUAUUCUGUGCCAUCGUGUCGUUGUUUUUGACUCGAGUGAACCCUUGAUGACUGUUUCUUCCCGGGGACGCUGCAAGACUUCCCCAAUCCCCGCAGCCAGUUUCCUCGCAGCAGUUAGCUUGUCAAGCACAUCGCUGCCUGAAGCCGAGCCAGUGCUAUCUGUCGGUGCCAGCUGCCCGCCGCGUUUGCUGCUGGCGACCGGGACAUUUUAACGUGUCCGCCGAGCUGGAGUAAUCAGACCUGGAUGCAUAGCGAGAUCCAUCUCCCUACACGCUGCACGUUAGUUAGCCUACUCGCUAGCAGGUUUCAUUUUUUUCGCUAGCUAGCGCGGAAGCUAACUAGCAGACGAACCCAAAUAUCGACAUUGCCAGCGGGCUAAAGCGAGCUAGCUCUCGGGCGUUGGGGAUUUGGCUCGAGGUUAGUCGAGGACGCCCUCCUGUUUGGGUUGGGUUUGGUGCUAAACCUCUCAGAGUGUUCAAACGCGUCUUUCUCGGAAGACAUUUUCUGUGCGCGUGUGUGUGCGAGAGGCAGAGAGAGAGAGAUUGAUGAGGCGAUAAGCAGGAACAUUGCAGCCUACACAGGAAGCCAGCAACAACGACGGCAACACAAACACAACAGCGGUGUGUGGAGUGCUUCUUGCGGGGGGAUGUAGACCCAGAGUCUCGUCUCCAACCUGUGCUUGCGUGGUUUUAUUUGAACCCAAAGACUUGCGUGGUUUUUUGCCGAGGCACAACCAAUACAUCGGCGGCGGACACUUCAACCUGUCGCCCACUGCCCUCCUCCCUGAGCCCCCUUCAAUUUGCCACUUUUCCGGGACGAAGAGAAGACACCUGACCACGCGCGUUAUUUUAACCCAAUAAGACUGUUUGCUGUUGGCGUCCAGACACGGAAGGAGCUACGGUUUGUCGUUUUUGUCUGAGUGUGUUUACACUUUGAGGGAAAAUCCCAGAAAACACAUGCGGCACUGUGUGGACACAUUUCCACGAGGAGGACCGGAGGAGUCCCCAGUGACCCGUGGGAUCUGACAGCUGUCUCCAGAGCCAACAUCUGGUGCACCUUCCCCUCACUGUGAGACAGAUUACUACAAAGCGAGGAGGAGCUGGCCUCACCAACAGAUCUCAUCAGCCCGUAGCUUCCUGCUCCAGAAACCUGCAUUCAUUCUUUGUUUUACAUUGUGCAGUACAUGGGAUUACAAGGACGGUGAUCGAGCGGGCCCCGUGACUGUCAUUUCUCACCUAACCUGUCAUCCGAUGUCUUUCGCCCUGAAUUUCCCCUUUUCUUCUACAACGAUGGCAGUUUGAGGCGAAGUGAAAACACUGCAGCCGGAGACAGCGACGCGGUUCCAGUCGAUUGUCCGCCCCGCCGUCACGCACCUCGGCCCUUGAUGUUGGUCACAUCUGGCGCCGGACAACAUUUUUUAAUUCCCUGAAACCAAACCCAUCCCCUUCUCCGGUUCUUUUAUUGUCGGUGGUCGCAGCAAGGGUCGAAAGAUGGCGGACCUCGAAGCAGUACUCGCCGAUGUCAGUUAUUUGAUGGCGAUGGAGAAGAGCAAGUCUACACCGGCGGCCCGGGCGAGCAAGAAGAUCAUCCUGCCCGAGCCUAGUAUUCGCAGUGUGAUGCAGAAGUACCUGGAAGAGAGAGAUGAACUGACAUUUGACAAAAUUUUCAACCAGAAAAUUGGCUUCUUACUGUUUAAGGACUUCUGUAUGAAUGAGAUUGACGAGGCCGUGCCACAGCUCAAGUUCUACGAAGAAAUUAAGGACUACGAGAAGCUGGACUCGGAGGAGGAGAGGUUUAGUCGCAGCCGACAGAUUUACGACGGCUAUAUCAUGAAGGAGCUCCUGUCCUGUUCACAUCCGUUCUCUAAGAAAGCAGUGGACCAUGUGCAGAGUCACUUGGCAAAGAAACAGGUUCCGCCAACUCUCUUCCAGCCAUACAUAGUGGAGAUCUGUGACAGCCUGAGAGGGAAUAUCUUCCAGAAGUUCAUUGAGAGUGAUAAGUUUACUCGCUUUUGCCAGUGGAAGAACGUGGAGCUCAACAUUCAUGUGAGGGGUGACCUGCACUACCACCUGUCUCAGCAUGGCGUGUUCAGUGAGAAAGAGAUGCGAUUCUACGCGGCUGAAAUCAUCCUGGGUCUGGAACACAUGCACAACCGAUUUGUUGUCUACAGAGACCUGAAGCCAGCCAAUAUUCUACUGGAUGAACACGGUCAUGUUCGUAUCUCCGACCUCGGCCUGGCUUGCGACUUCUCCAAGAGGAAACCCCACGCCAGUGUCGGUACUCAUGGUUACAUGGCUCCAGAGGUUCUUCAGAAGGGGACGGCGUACGACAGCAGCGCCGACUGGUUCUCCUUAGGCUGCAUGCUCUUCAAACUCCUCCGAGGGCACAGUCCAUUCAGACAGCACAAGACCAAAGACAAGCAUGAGAUUGACCGCAUGACGCUCACCAUGAAUGUGGAGCUGCCAGAUUCUUUCACUGCAGAGCUCAAAGAUCUGCUGGAGGGGCUGCUGCAGAGGGAUGUGUCCAAGAGGCUCGGCUGCCAGGGCCGAGGAGCCCCAGAGGUGAAGGAGCAUCAGUUUUUCAAAGGCAUUGACUGGCAGCAGGUGUACCUCCAGAAGUACUCUCCCCCGCUAAUCCCCCCCAGGGGAGAGGUGAACGCCGCAGAUGCUUUUGACAUAGGCUCUUUUGAUGAGGAGGACACCAAGGGCAUCAAGUUGCUGGACAGUGACCAGGAGCUGUACAAGAACUUUCCUCUGGUCAUUUCGGAGCGCUGGCAGCAGGAGGUGGCAGAGACGGUCUACGAGGCCGUCAACUCGGACACGGACAAGAGCGAGGCUCGCAAGAGGGCUAAGAACAAGCAGCUGGGCCACGAGGAGGACUACGCCCUGGGUAAAGACUGCAUAAUGCAUGGCUACAUGUUGAAGCUGGGGAAUCCGUUCCUAACUCAGUGGCAGCGUAGAUACUUCUAUCUCUUCCCCAAUCGUGUGGAGUGGAGGGGGGAGGGCGAGUCACGGCAAAACCUGCUGACGAUGGAGCAGAUAGUGACGGUGGAGGAAACGCAGAUUAAAGACAAGAAGUGUAUCCUGCUGCGCAUCAAAGGAGGGAAGCAGUUUGUGCUGCAGUGUGAGAGUGAUCCUGAGUUUGUGCAGUGGAAGAAAGAGCUGACCGAAGCGUUCACAGAAGCCCAGAAGCUGCUGCGUCGUGCCCCCAAAGUUAUCGGGAAAGGGCGGGCCGGAGUGGUGGAGCUCUCCAAACCGCCCCUCACGCACCGCAAUAGCAAUGGCUUGUGAAUGCACACACAUAUACACACAUAUAUAUAUAUAUAUAUAUAAAUUCACAAUACACACACACAUACACACAUUUGACACACACACAAACACACACUGCAAUCCACCUCCCUCCCUUCCCCCCCUCCUCAUCAGUCACAGGACAUUUGCUCUGACACCUUCCCACCACUCGCCCACGACGCCUCACAGUGUGUGAACGGAGCAUGCCCACACUCUCAACAUGACGACCAAUCAUAAGUGCGAUAUAGUUUUUUUUUUUUCCUGCCAUGGGACCUUGCCAGUCAUGGAGAGGAAGAAAGGACGAGGCAAGGAGAGAGACAACAUUCGGGAGGACUCUGCACGUGAAGAACCUCUGCAUGAAUGUGACUUGGACAUAACGCUCCUCUCUUUCUCGUUUUCACUCCCCUCCCCCUGUCCCCCCCAUCACCACCUUGCUAGGUUUGAAUCAGGUGAAUUUGGAACCAGGAUCCGCAGUAGCCUGACAGACUCCUCCAAAUGGCCACGGAGCUAAAGCUCUGACUUCUGUUGCUCAGCUGAGAUAAGACCAGGCUUUAGUGGGGAAUGCUUUUCUGCGAGAGACAGAAAAAGGCUGCUCCUCUGGUUCUUCUCAUCCCUCCCUCUAACCAUUUCUGCCUGCAUUAUUACAUUAAGUGCAUAAAGUGCCAACAUCAAUAUUUACUUGUCACCUGAGCACCCAGAAGGACCUGCUCUGUGGCAGAUGCCCCCCCCCCCACACACACACACAGAGGAGGGGGUUUGCGGCAGUAGUGAGGGUGGUUGAUCAUUCCACUGCUGAAAACCGGAAGUACAAGGACCACAGACUCUUUCAGAUUGGCUCUUGUACAGCCAGUUACCAUAGAGACUGAUAUUUCAUUGGCUGACAAACCGCAGCCAGUUGCUAUGGGAACCUUGAAGACUGGUAUACCUGGGGAUUGGUAACCACGGACAACGGUAUAACUAUUGUGUUUGAAAGCUACACUUGCAGAGAAAGAGAUGAUAGCAUAUGGACGGGAGGGAGGGGGUGAGGAAAAGACUCAGAGUGUAUAUAAACAACCCUUUCUCUGUGCAUCUCCAGUGUUCUAGUCUAAUGUGUUUGCAUUAUCGGGGACUUCUCUGUCUGCCUGUUUGUGAAUCUGUCCUGGCUUUUAGGGAAGAGGAAGAGGCUCGUUUUCCUGCUGGGAAGGGGAGGUUGGGUGGGGGAGGGAGGUUGGGGACAGGCAAAGGAGUGACAGCUUUCAGUCACUGGAAUCGCUGCAUUACCUCAGUUGGACUGUGUGUGUUUGAAUAUGAGGAAAUCCUCUUUAUGGGUCAAACGCCACGCUCUGUGUCCGUGCACGGCAGCGGGCAUCAAUGUCUGCAUCUCACGGCUCGUGGAAGUAACAGUUUACCUUGCCGCUUACACACAGUCGCCACAGUAGGUUUACGAUUGCAGUCUGUCAGCUAUUGUGGACGGUGCGAAUGCAGUGGGGAAAAUGAAGAGGAAGAGCUGAAACUAAUUAAAGGAGAAAUCCACCUUCACAGACCAAACACAACAAUGUUAGUGGCAUUUCAGGUGUUGUUUUUUUUUCUUUUCUUUUUUUCUUGAAAACUAGUUUUUGCGCUCAUUCCUUCAACCUGCCUCAUCUGCAUAUAGUCCUGUAUUGGUUGAAUUGGCCUACAUUUCCCAGAAUGCCUGUGGACAGCCUCUAGAGGUGUUUGUCCUUCUAGGUGUUAAGAGCAGAGGGAAAAUAGUGAAAUGGUUUUUCCAGGAGAAAAAUCAAGAAAGUUGCAACAUUAUGUUGAGCUGGUCUGAUGAUUGAUCUGCCCUUCUUUUUCUACACCUAUUGUUAAUGGUCUGUAAACUAGCAAAUUCCUGUUAUAAUAUCUCACAAUCUGUGGAGAUGUAUUCAUAAAUUCCCAGAAGUACUGUUUACAAUCACAAGAGACAAAAAAAGGUGUCAAAUCUGGAGUUUACGGUCUAAGAAAAGCGCGCGUCCGCCACACCAGUGUUUCUCUAUAGCCAAGGAGGUUCAGGCGAAGGUAAAGCUCCUGCUGCGUGACUCGAAAAACAAAAGUCGAUGUGAAGUCACUGUUGCAUAAGCUUAAAUUGCCGCUCUGACCUUGAUGGAUGCAUGUUAGUGUGACGUCAGCCUGCUCACAUGAAGAAAACACAUCGACAGCAGCAGUGCUUCAGGGUGGACUCUUCCUCUGUCUUUCUCUAGGAUCUUAUUUUCCUGAAUGGGGCACAGCUCAGAUUGGGUAAAACAUUUUAUUUUUUUUUUCCUUCUAAUUUUCGGGGGCUUUCACGGUUUCACCCGCGUUGUCGUCGACCUCAUCGAAGUUUAUACGCGAAGGGCAGAAACGCGCACAAUCGUAGUGUUGAAGAACACACAGCAGAGCAGUGGGAACAGGAACUAGUGUCUUCAUAAAUUUCAGGGUUUUUUUUAUUUUUCAUGCAGUACAGUGUCCUUGUCUGUGAUGUCCAUGCAUUUCCACAGCUGUGAUGUGUGACCUGCAGUAGGAAAGGGGUUGAUUAGGGGUGCAUUGUGAUUAUUAUUUUUUUUCUUUGUAGCCUUUACCAGUCAGGGGGAGAUAUUAUCAUCUUAUAGAGAAAUUUUGUCACCUCUCAAGGUGUCUUUUAUUUUUGUAAACCAAAAUGGUUUUUAUUGUUUUCAUUGAAAUGUAUGUUGUUGCACCUUUUUAGCCCAAUGUGUUACUUAAUAGUUGUUAAAUGUGCCAAAUAACUGUUUCUGAUUGAGUGGAACCAAUGGGAAGCCUCGUUUUCUCAACUUUUGAUCCUCGUCACAAUGAACAUGGCAGAGGUCUAAAUGAAAAGUAAAACACACACACACACACACACACACACAUGCACACACACACACACACUUUGCGGUGGAAUUUUUGAAGGGUACAAAACUGUGACCAAACGUUUUCUGGAGAAGAGGAGUGUUUUUUUGUGUUUGCACGCUUUUUGGCUUUCCAACAUGUUGCCAUUGGGACUCGCAUUGACACACACACACACACACAGCACACACACAGCACACACAUCUCCCAGCUGUACUCCCAACUUGCUCCUGAAGAGUUUUCUUUCACACUGUAUGUAUAUCAUGUGAGUGCAAGAGCAUACCUGUGCGUCACUAUCGCUUUGUAUGUUCAUCCGGUGGAAAUUUAUUUUUUUCUUGUCAUACACAGAUUCUCAGCACACGCUAACACACGCUCAACACAAGACAAUUUAAGAAGGUUGGCAUAUAGGUGAAAAAAUCAAAGUAUAUAUAAAUAUAUGUGUAUAUGAAAUGACAAAAUGCUCUAGGUUUAUUUAAAAGAUUUAAUGUAGAAAAACAAAAUGAACUUGUUCAGGGGAGGUCGGGUUUUUUUUUUUUUUUGAUGUGAGUAUAAUUGUUUGUGGUGAAGACUUCAGCUCGAAUCUUGCACAUAAAGACUUUAGAUAUUGUACCUGCGAGUUCCAGAUGAUUAUUUUUGUUUGAAUACCGGACUCUUUGCUCUUUCAUAUUUAUUGCGUGUGUGGGGAGCUCUCUCUCUCUCUCCUCCACGUGUUGGAGCUCUCAGCCUAGAGCUCGCUGUAGAAAAUCCUCCGAUUUGCGCCCAUCAGAAACUCUUUGUUUUGUUUUUCAUAUGCCACAGACAAACACAAAUACUACUGGCUUUGGGUUGUUAUUAUUACCAUUAAGGUUAUGAUAAUACUGAUAUAUAAUUGAUAUUAUUCAGUGAUUAUUAGUAAAUUUAUUUUAUUUCAAAGAUUUCUUUUGUUUUUUUGCGACAGAUAGGAAGUUGCGUGUUGGACUGCUUGUAAAACAGUUCAUGAAUAAAAAUUCUU